AUGUUCCUGGUUAUAGGCGGAGUGAACUGGGUAACAAGCAACGUGAAGGAGGCGAAGGAGAUCCCGGUACAGCACCCAAGUCCCAGGUAUAUCGACGGACCUACCGGGGAUGCCCACAACCUGGUUACUUCCGGUCUCUAUCCGAAUUACAUCUUCAAGAAGGGCCUGCGGGAAAACCUGAAGGAGGCGCAGCGCCAGUUGCAGUCCCUCCCCGUCGUCUGCGAGACCAACGCCACUAGGCACAAGCGGGAUUUUCUGGAACACAACGUUAGUGACCUUGGGAGGUACAUCUUCCUGCUGGAGAAUCACAAGGUCGCUAUUAGGGAUUAG